AUGAGGCGUCGCGUUCAACAAUCCGAUUUCGCCACUCUCAAAUUUACUCUCCAUUUCUUCUAUCCUACCAUUUCAGCGAUUACAGAUGAUCAACAACAGGAGGACACUACCAUCAAAACGACGUCGUACUCAUCCAACAUGAGUCAGCUUCAAGAUGAGUCGGCUUUCAUUUCCGAACAAUUACAGCAGGUUCAUCUCGAAGAAGACCGUGUCAAUAAUGAUAAUGAUGACCAAAUUCAUUCAUUUCCAAGUACUAAAAGAAGCGAGUUAUCGUUUGAGGAAUGGAGAUUGGUCGCAAAUUUUCUAUUGAGUAGAAAUGCCUUCCAAGGACUUGCCAGUGUCAGCAGGACUGCUAGGCUUGCAGUCUUAUCUUGUCAUUUUGUUCAAAACGUAUUUGUUGUGAGAGCUGUUGUUAGGGGAUGGAUGGAAGCGCUUCAUAACUCAACCAGUGUUUCGACUUUGGUUCCUAGCGACAGACUGAAAUCAUUAUUGCAACCAUUACAUAAGUACCAUUUGCUUGAUUUGACACCCUUUGUACAUCCCAACGAUAAGAAGAAAGCAGAAUUACAGCAAGACAAUUCGUCACACGAGUCACUGGUGCCAGUUCCCAAUUAUUACUCAUCUGAAUGCGUAAAAUAUGCAUGUGAAGCUGGAUUUACUGCAAUGAUUGAUCAAUUGUUAGAAAAGCCAUUUCUUCUUCGCUUCCAUGCGCCAGAUUUAAAGAACUUUUUGAAAGCUGCAUUUACUAAUAACCAUGAUGAUAUUGCAAAGAAGAUUAUCAAAUUUUUCGUGAAACGGCUUGUGUUGGAAUUGGAAACCAAAUCUUCAAGAGAAACCAAGAGUAAUUUGAACUUUCAAAUCAUACUUACUCUAUGUUGUGAAUCUAGCACAGCCAACGUAAAUGAAUUCUAUUCCUUGCUCGAGAAAGAAUUAGUAGCUAUAUUUUCUUCAGCACAGAUUGAUACAAUUUUAAGCAAGUCAAUACUACCAAUCAUUUCCGAAGGCCAUUUAGUUAAGUUUCUCAAAAGGAAUGAUUUUGCAAAUGCACUGUUUGUAUUGAGGAAAUUCUUUACUUUGAUGCAAAUUCAUGAUGUAGAAACGGUAUUUGAUAAGAUGUACAUAACUUUUUCCGUUACAUUUUCGCAACAUGGUAUUAAUGCAGAACAAAUGAUAUGGCUGUUUGAUAAUAUUUACGAUCUAAGCAAGGCAAAUACGCUUAUUUCGAAAGUAGUUCACAGAUACAUACAAAAAAAAUCCGAGCUCUAUUAUGAAUACCUUACUCGGUUUAAACAUAGGGACGUAAUGACUGAUAAGAAGUUAUUUGAGGAAUCUCUUGCUUACUUAACUGCCUAUUAUUGGAAUAAUGUAUUCUCAGUCAUUCAGCCAUCGUUUUCUGCCUUUAUCCAAGCAUUGAAAGUAUGUGACUAUCCUGCUGACAUGUUACUUCAAAGAUAUGAGCCAUGGCUCAGCAAAAACUAUCCAGAUGAACUAGCAGAAUAUUUGUAUGAAAAUAUCUCUAUUUUGGAAGAUAGCAAUGCACACCAUGCUCAACAUUGCAUGGACAUGCAAAAUUUAUUUGACUCACGCAUGCAACAAAAACUUGCUUCUGUAUUUCUCUCUAAACAACAAUUUGAUUUUGAGAAACUCAUGUACAUACUACAAAAAUAUGACUGCUUCUCAGACCUUUUAUCAACAAUUUUAGAAACAUCUUACAGAGACAUUGUGUUGCAUCAAAUAUAUAGCAACAUCAUUUCCAAAAUUUCAAAGACAAAAAAUCUCAGAAUGAUGAAUGAUUUUCUCCCCACAAACGAAGUCGACAUGCAACAAAUGACUAAUAAUGUUUAUUAUACAGCAGCAGUACUGAUGUAUUGUGCAAAAUUUGGGAACAGGAAUUUGUUUGAAUGCAUUGUAGAUCAACAAAAAGAUGUCAUUAGCCAAUUUCCGCAAGAAUUACCUGUUGUUUACAACACGAUAGCUGACAUGGCUAACAUUCAACCAGUAUCUCUGAGAAAAGAGUUUCAUUUAAUUUCAUAUUCAACAGAAAUACUUUUAUUUAUUAUUCGACAUGAAAUUUUACGGAAAUAUUUGAACGUACUUGCGUCCUUAUCCUCAUUGCCUGUCUCUGUUUUGGAGUUUCAUCAAAAUUCUAUUGGAUUUGUUGACGACAGUCCCAAUCAACAGCCUGACAUGCAUGCUGUAUUGAAGGAGUAUGCAUUGAGCGAUAAGGAUAUUUCAGAACUAAUUUCUCUUUAUAUUUCCCGGAAUGUAAUGGCACAACUCUCGAAUUUAUUGCAUUUCCCUUCCUUCACAAGCGAUCAUUUGCUAGAAAUACCCGAGGCCUAUUUAUUCAAUUCCAUUACUUUGGGAAAGCUUACCGAUUUGCACAGAGUAGUAGAUUUAUUGAUGGAAAAUUUUGAACAAGAAAGAAUCAAAAAUAAGUUCAAAGAAUUCUUUUGCUUCAUUCAUGGAAAGCAAUACUCGUUCUUAGAGAAUAGUCGAGUUGUGCAAUGUUACAGCAAGUACAUGAAGAUGGUCGAAGAGAUUAUGUAUGACCUAUUGUUCGAUGAGAAAUAUUUCCAUGCAGUUUCUUCAUUUCACAAUGGCUUGAACGAUGAUACUUGUACAGGUGAAUCCUCUACGAAAUUACAAGGUACACUUUUCAAAAUGCAAGACAAGUACGCUCUGAAACGAUCCAAGAAAGUGAAAACUGAGGCAAAAGUUCUUGUAUUUAAGCUUUCUGAUCAUGAGAGAUUAUUACGAGCCUUAAAAUCAAAAUUGGAGCCUCAACAACCAUUAUCUAUCAAGUUUGAACACUACCUCAUGUGGAAAUCAUUCAUUCAACAAGUUUCAGAGCCUGAAAUUUUGGACCAAGUGAAUCAAUUAUUGGCCGAGAUUGAACCAGAAACACAAAGACAAUCGACCAAUUUUCAACCAUCCUUUUCAACUCAAACUCUUUCAAAUCCUUUUCAAAUUUCUUUUGGAUCCUCAACUGGCUCAAGUAUUAGCUCAAGUAUUAGCGAUUGUGGCUUCACUGUUAAGCGCUUGAAAAAGAGAUGA